GGGGAACACAGGACACGCCCGGUCUCUCUCGCAAGGAGCACGCUCGCUUUCUGCCCACUGAGCCUCAGGAGACAUGGCAAAGUUCGCAAGAGGGACCGUGAAGGACUUCCCUGGUUUUGAUGCCAGAACUGAUGCUGAGACUCUCCGUAAGGCAAUGAAAGGAUUGGGUACUGAUGAAGAGGCUGUCCUGAAGAUCCUUACUAGCAGAAGCAAUGCUCAACGCCAACAAAUUGCAGCUGCUUUUAAAACCUUAUUUGGCAGGGAUCUUGUAGAUGACCUGAAAUCAGAACUGACUGGCAAAUUUGAAACCCUGAUGGUGGCUUUGAUGAGACCAGCACAACUUUUUGAUGCCCAUGAACUGAAGCAUGCCCUUAAGGGAGCAGGAACCAACGAGAAAGUGCUGACUGAAAUUCUUGCCUCCAGAACAACUGCAGAGCUGCGGAAUAUAAAACAAGUUUAUCUGGAAGAAUAUGAAUCCAACUUAGAAGAUCAUAUCACAGGAGACACAACAGGUUACUAUCAGAGGAUGCUAGUAGUCCUUGUUCAGGCUAAUAGAGACCCUGAUGGAAGAAUUGAUGAGGGUCUGGUUGAGCAAGAUGCUCAGGUCUUGUUUAAGGCUGGAGAGCUGAAAUGGGGAACAGAUGAAGAAAAGUUCAUCACCAUCUUGGGAACUCGAAGUGUCUGUCACCUAAGGAAGGUGUUUGACAAAUACAUGACUAUCUCUGGUUUUCAAAUUGAAGAAACCAUUGACCGUGAAACCUCUGGGGAUCUGGAGAAGCUGCUUCUGGCAAUUGUGAAAUGUGUCCGAAGCGUACCUGCUUAUUUUGCCGAAUCUCUCUUUUAUGCCAUGAAGGGAGCUGGCACCGAUGAUGAUACUUUGAUCAGAAUCAUGGUUUCGAGGAGCGAAAUUGAUCUGCUGGACAUUAGACAUGAAUUCAGAAAGAAUUUUGCGAAAUCGUUGUAUCAGAUGAUUCAGAAAGAUACAUCUGGGGACUUCAGGAAAGCACUCUUGCUCCUCUGCGGUGGAGAUGAUGAGUAACACUGUCAGUGAUAUGAAGGAUUCAGUCCUGCUCCCGCCUUGCAGCUCCUCAGUUAGCAUGUCUAGCUAUGUUUUGCAUGUUAGUGCUUUUAUAGCCACUUACAGCCACACUAGCAUCCUAAUCAUUAAAAAGACGCAAUGAAAAUCUUGUUGUUGAAGUGAUAUGCAGUCUCUCUUCCUACCGGCAUCCAAGCAGAAGUCUGUCCAUCCUAGCCCCCGGGAGUUUAUGAAGUGCCUCUUAUGACUAUGUGAAUGUUCUCCUCUUCAUGGAGAUUCAUGCACAAUUUUUUCUAGAUGUUUCUCUGAAGUAGAGAAAAUCCACACAUUCCAAGAAGAAUUGAAAGAAAAUUUAGUCUCUAACCUUUUUUUUACUUCAUUUAUGGUAACUCAUUUUAAUGGAAAUAUUAAGGUAGCUUUAAAAUUGUGAACUAAGGAAAAUUCUUUCUUAUGUAUUUGGUGCUAUUAGAAUGAAUCUGCUAAACAACAAUGUGAGCUAUCAAUGGAAACAUAACGUACCAAUAAACUGUUCCCUCCUCAA